CGCAGCCACGUCACAUUGGUGUGCCGUGUUGCCGACGAUACAGUCGGUUGCAGCAGCAGCCACCGAGUCCUUUUCCCUUAGUAUCGUCCUCUGUUUUUUUUCCUUCAUUCGCCUCUCCUCGUGCAAGGGUACAUUUUGUUGUUAUUGUGUUGUGUACUUACUUCCUGCCUUGCUCUCGUGUGUGCUCUAUAAGUAUACAAGUUCUUUUUCGCGUCGCGUUUUUUUGAUAUAAUACACAAACACACACGUGGCGGCUCUGGUCAUCUCUCUCUUACACUCCCUUGUCGAGGACAACGCAUUCGCGGGGUUCGCAGGGUGCAAAAGCAAAGUGGAGGAUUUGAGUUAGUUGACGAGAAAAAAAACUCUGGAGCCAAUAUGAACAUCUUCCGACUUUUCGGCGAUCUGUCGCACUUGCUCGCCAUCAUCAUUCUGCUGCUCAAAAUAUGGAAAACGAGGAGCUGUGCCGGCAUAAGUGGAAAAUCUCAAAUCCUGUUUACCAUCGUUUACACAACACGAUAUCUAGAUCUGGUGACCACUUAUGUUUCUGCAUACAACACUAUUAUGAAGCUAGUUUUCAUAGCAGCUGCAUAUACCACUCUGUUCUUGAUGUAUAUGAAAUUCAAGGCCACAUAUGACCAAAAUCAUGAUACCUUCAGGAUUGAGUUUUUGAUUAUACCAGCCAUAGUCUUGUCUCUGCUGAUAAAUCAUGACUUUACAGUCUUGGAGGUUUUAUGGACCUUUAGUAUCUACUUGGAAUCGGUCGCUAUUCUGCCUCAACUGUUUAUGGUGUCAAAGACAGGUGAAGCUGAAAGUAUAACCAGUCAUUAUUUAUUUGCUUUAGGAUCUUAUAGAGGUCUGUACCUGUUGAACUGGGUGUACCGUUACUACGCGGAAAACCAUUAUGAUUUCAUUGCUAUCAUAGCUGGCCUUGUACAGACAGUUCUGUAUUGUGAUUUCUUUUAUUUAUACAUCACCAAAGUACUAAAGGGCAAAAAGCUGUCGUUGCCAGCUUAAGACUCACGAGUAUUAUAGAAAAUAACAUCCAACAACUUCAAAUUUUUGUCAAAAUGAAGCUAUUGCAGGUAAUCGCUGUACGAUUACUGCGUGAAAUAUUUUUUAAGAAAAAGAUUCGAGCGAGUUUAAACACUGUGCGCACAAAAUGUAAUUUUGCCAAAUCUGAAGCGCUCUAAGACCUCUGCUCAUUAAAAUCUUCUCGAUAUUCCUACUUUUAUAUGGCGAAUAUUGUAGAUUUACUUAUCGAUACCUUAAUUUUAAUUAUUAUUCAGACAAUUUUUUGUAUGACUGUGCAAUUUAGUUUGCAAUCGAAACUUUGAGAAAAUUGAAUUCUUUUUUAAUUACGUUUUUAGAUUAUUGUUUACCACAUAAGUAUAACAAGUCAUACUUUUUUAAUGUAACUGAUAGUUUCACAUAGUUUUACUGUAAAUGUUCAAUUUUACCAUUUUGUCACUAACCCAAAAAAAUUGAGGUAUCAGUUGAAUAAUAAUAAGAAAACUCCAGUAACAUCAUACUUAAUAAGUAAUCGCUCCUUGUGUAUAAUUUACAGUGUUUAUUUUGUGUGAAUGUAUGUUGAUGUAAAACACUUUGAAGUUUCAAAACUUGCGUAUACUUAGAGAUCGAAUUGAAAUAUUGUCUGUUACUUUAUGAUUUUUAUCAAUCAAAAUAAAAUUAUAAUAAAAUAG